AUGUCAGUACCAAAAGCGGUAACCCCGAGCUACACUCGGGCUUACCAUGUGGCGCUGCAUAGGGAGUCCCUGCAGAGCUUACCUUGUCCUUCGCUCCCGCGAUGUGUCCCCGGCCAUCUCCUCCAGCCGAUGCCGGCAUCCGGUUUCUGUGUUCCGGUCCCUGUGACGUCGGGACGUACGGGCGCCGCCGGCAGCGGAAAAUUUGAAAAUUUUAAAAAAUGUCAUUUUUUUCCAAACAAAUUUUUCAUAUGCUUUGUCCGGCGCCCUGCCUGCAUUUUGUCUGUUCUUUCU